AUGGACAAGAUCAAGGAGCGCUUCACCCUUCUCGGCCAGAAGAUCGAGGCCGCCGAGGCCCGCGCUGAGGCUGCCGAGGCUGAGAACAAGAAGCUCAACCAGUCGCUCCUCGAGCGCGACCAGGAGCUCUCGUCGCUGCAGCACAAGCUCACUCUUGCCGAGGAGGAGCUCGAGGCGGCCGAGGGCAAGGUCAAGGAGUUCAAGGGCGCGGCCGAGGAGGGCGACAACCACCGCACGACCGGCGAGAACCUCGCUCGCAAGGUGCAGCUUCUCGAGGAGGAGCUGGACAAGGCCGAGAAGGACCUCAAGGAGACCACCGAGAAGCUCCGCCAGGUCGACGUCAAGGCUGAGCACUUUGAGCGUGCCGUCCAGCGUGCCGAGCAGGAGAGGGACGAGUGGGAGAAGAAGUACGGAGACGCUGUCGAGAAGUACCAGCAGUCGAAGCGCGAGCUCGACGAGGUUGUCGCCCAGAUGGAGAGCUUGUAA